UACCUACGUAAGCUAGGUUAGUACCUUGUGUAGUUAGGGACCUUAGAGUAGACAAAAAGACGUGACGCGACUUGAAUGCUGUCUUUUUUCUUUCUUAUCCUUGGUACACAUUAUAAUCCACACCCGUUUAUUUUUGCACCUCUUCCUCGUCUUCACCAGGGUACUCUGAAAAUUCAAGAAAAAAAACAUUAGGUAAAAAUUAAAAAAGUCAUGAUCAAAGUAAGCCAUCAUUCAUGUCGACCUCCUCAUUUCCUCCACUCCAUGAAACCUCAGAUAUAACAUGUAUCACACCGGAGCCAUUCGAGCCCGCCCCCCUUAUCUCUGACAUUCUACGAACUGGCUACUGCGUCCCGGGUUCAAUAUUUCUGGUCGAGGGUAUCGAUUCUGUCCAUACCUCCAAGUCUCAGAGAUGGCGAGCCGUUCACCUCUUGCUAGGAGAUGGCAAGUUGUGCAUCCAAGCACUGCUUUCGGCCGAUAUGCACAGAUUCCUGGAUGAGGGAGAACUCGCAUUGGGAUCUUAUAUCAAGCUGGAGCGAUUUCGAAUGGAAUGGAAGGAUGUUCGCAGUAAAAAUUCGCACGGUAGCGAGGAAAUGAGCGAGAAGAUGGUUUACCUGGUAGUCGAGGAUCUUGUCCUUGUGGGAUGGAACAAUUUUUUUCUCGAUGGACACAAUUUAGAACAUGCGCCGGCUGAAUCUACGCUUGAACCGAUGACAUCCCCUAUUGCAAUAGAGCCACGACCGGAAAAUCGUGGCGUGCAAUGUAUUGACAGGGGUACUGAUAUCCCAAGAGAAGUCAUUCAAGAAGAAGAUGAUUUCGAAGUCAUGCCAAACGCUGCAGCGAAAGCAACUCAGAAAAGACUUGAUCUCACGACGAGACCAGGAGGAACGGCAGUUGCGGGCCAUAAUUCCACGGAACCUGAUACGAGUUAUUUGCCCUGGGCAAGCAUCGACUGUGGAAGACCAUUAAAGCUCACCAAGCUGCGCUCUAUCCCUAAGCUGCCAUACAAGCAGAAUUGGAGCGUUAACGUGCUUGCUGUCGUAUCUGCCAUCUCAGAUAUUGAACCAUCCGGAUUACCACCAUACACUCAACGACGAGUUCGACUCACGGAUCCCUCCACUAACAAGCACGUCCGGCUUGACGUGUUUCUAGACCCGGAGACUUUCACACCCUUAGUUGGGAGUGUGAUAUUAUUGCUUGGUGUAAAGAAUCAUCGUUUUGAUGGCGGCAGCUUGAAGAAAUAUGCUAGUGAUCGGCCGAAGGAAGGAUAUAGCUGGUGGUACGAAAACCCGGUCCAGUUCGACUGGUGUGAUGUCGAAAAGCUGAGGCAGUGGUGGCUUGAGACUUCAAGUAUUCCUCGUGGCGACAGUUAUGAUGCCCCACGAUAGGUUUUGGUACUUAUGAACAAGAACUGUAUUACAAUCAUUAGAUUUCUACAACGUAGAGGUGAUUAUUACAAUAUCCAUGGGGCAAUGCCCCUGAAUU